AUGGAGAGACCGAACGAUGGCGAAGGCAACCCCCAGCGCAUGACUCGGGCAGAGUAUUCCCGCAAUAUCCGAGCUGCGAUCGAAGAGCGACGACACCGCGCCAUGGUCAACCGGCAACACUAUCAGCCUCAAAUCCACGAACAAAUCCAGCGACUCUUCUCAGAAUAUGAAGCUCCAUUCUACGCGAGAUUGCGUGGCUUUGGACGCACACAAACUUUGGCACUAGCAGAGUCUACAGUCUUGGGUCUAGCAGCCGGGACGGACAGGAGCUUAAGCGACACGGAGACGCAAGCAUUGACGGAGCAUUUUCUAUCAAGUGUUCACAACAUGCUUGCUUGGAAAUGGAUCAUGACCGGUCUGGCUGGAUACAUGACCUAUCGCGGACGACAGACCAUGCGGUUCCCCUUCUUCAAGCCCGUCAUCACGGGUGGACGAUUUAACCCCGCUACUGGCGGGCCACAGGUCCGAAUCAUGUGGCAUACUGCCCGGUUUGCAGCAUACUACGGUGCUUUCUGGCUCAUCGGAGAGCCAAUCUUCCAGGGUGUAAACUUUCUCCGUCAGAGCUAUUCUAUGGAUAAAGACCCUAGACUUGCGUCGCUCCUCCGGGACGGCAAGAAACAGGCCAGUGAGGUCCUUGGUGCUGUUCAGGACUCGAAUAAUCAACAAUACGGAGAUGCUUGGAAGCCCGAACAGCAACAAGACUACCCAUCACAAUCCAAUGAUAGCUAUCAGCAACCCUCUCAGCCCGCUCAAACAGAAAGGCAACAGUCAUGGACUUCAUACAGCCGCCCAGAACCAGCACAACAGUCCUCACGAGGCUGGGACGUGACGGAUGAGUUAGACGAUGCAUCGCCCGUGUCACCGUCGUCCCGGUCUCAGGGAGACUCUACGCCGUCCUAUAGUGGCUCCGCAUGGGACCGCGUCCGACAACAAUCACAGUACUCGCCUCGCCAGAGCCGCAAGGACCAGAAGACAUGGGAGGCUCCUCAAGGAACCAACAGCGGGUGGGGUAACGAGGAUGAUGCUAGCCCACAGAAUCGUGGCCCAAGAGACAGCUAUUCGUACUCCCGCGUUGACGAGGAAAAAGCUACGGUGAAGACGCAAGCACAGAGAGAAUUUGAUGAGUUGGUGGAAAGGGAGCGUAGAGGAGUCGAUCAAGAGCGAAGUUCCUGGGGGAGGAGGUAG